UCUACCUUGACCUUUGGAAGUGCUUGGAAACUGUAAACAAUAGAAUUUUCCAGGUUUCUUCGGAGAUUCGUUUAUUUGUCCCAUACAUAACAAAAUGGUAUUAAAGAAAAAGAAAGGAGGAAAGAAAAAGAAGUUGACAUCAGGAAAGUCAAUAGAUAAAGAUGACCCUGGGGAAAUUGAUCCAGGUACGUUGAUUUCUGUAACAAAUCCUGAUGGUACUGUAGAUCUUAAAGAAAAAGAUGGAGGAAAGAAAAAGAAAAAGGGUAAAAAGAAGAAGAAGAAAGUGUCAUUGGCUGAUAAGAAGUUGGAAAAACUAGAAAAAGAGACAGAAAAGUUAAAGAAGGAGAAACCAUCAUUUCGUUUAUUUAUAUACGAAAUGGACAAAUGGUUAAAAUCUAAUGCAGUAAGGAUCCAGCAACUUUUCAAAACAUAUGAUUAUGAGGGAGAGUGUAUGCUUACUUAUGAUGAAUUUAAGUCAGGAAUGUUUGACUUGGAGAUUCCAUGUAGUGAAGUACAAUGUCAUCUGUUAGCAAAGUUAUUAGACAAUGAAAAUAGUGAGGAAAUUGACUACACAGAACUACACAAAGGACUUAACUAUGCAAUUGAGGUAGAUGAAAUGGAACAAGAAGAAGAAGAAAUGGAAAAAGUUUUAGAUGUAACAAAGAGAGAUUUAGAUCAUUGUAGAUCCUGUAAAAUGGCCGUCGUACAACCUCCUGGUAUUCCAUUCUGCAGGGAUGUUUCAAUUAAUCUAAUUUGCAUAACCUUCAAGAAUACAUCAAAACAUCCUUCACAUAUAAACGUGACAGCUAAUGGUUUCACAACAAUAUACAGUCUUAUCCAGAUGAUUAUAAAAGACACAGGUAUUGCUUCUACUAAACUGUCCAUAUUCCGUGACGACAGGCGAGUCGCUGAAUCUAGGAUCGAAGAGGAUACAGAGCUGAGGGAAUUAUGGGGAGACACAAUGGACGAACCUGACGAAAUAGACUUAUAUUACGACUAUCGAGUGGAAUUUACCGAGUGCCCUAUUUUACUCUGUGAUUAUUAUUUUGUUGAUCUUGAUAAUUGAAAACCAAAAAUCAUUCGAAGCAUUUGAUUCUAAACAAGUUGAUUGUAUUUACAUGAUUGAUUACAAGUAAAAGCGUGAACAUUUUUUAUGAAGAGUUUUGACUUUUGGCUUGUAGAUUAAAAUCAAAGUCAACAGAAUAUAUUUGUAAGGAUAAAGAUUACCAAAUGUGAUAUUUUAUAAUACAGUUUAGGUUACUGUCAAUUCAGAAAUUAUUGUGAUGUUUAUUGCGAAAAAUGCCACAGGGUUAUAUUAUAAUUGCAAUAAUUUGAACUCACAUUUUUUUUUUUUUUUUAUAUAAAUUGAACAGGAUUUUUCUCAAUAUCGCAAAAAUUAAACUCACAUUUUAGUCUAAAAUGACGAAAUUGCAAAAAUGAAUGCAUGCAAUAAUUUCGGAAUUUACAGUAAGCUUUUUGAUAUUUAAUCAGACAUUUGCAAUUGUUUUAUUGUCAACUUAUUGUUCGAAAAUGUAAUCUGUUGCAAAAGUGUAUGUGUUAAAAUAUAAAAGAAUAUAUUCUUAUGAAAAUGGGUUAGGUUAAAUAAGAUGAAUGUAAUUGGAUGAAAAGAAUGAUAUGUAAAUAUAUAAAAAGGAUGAUAUGUAAAUAUAUAAAAGAAUCUUGUAUUUAUUGAAAACUAUUAAAACAAAAGAAUAUACACUUUUUGUUGGUAAUAGUUCCAGAUGGCAGACAGAAAGAUAUAAAUAGAAUGGAAUUUGAAUACUUAUUUCUCCAACAUUUCUGUAUUCAUUUUCAGUAUAAACAUGUGAUACCAUCAGUUUAUUAUAGAAAAUAUAUGUUUGCUUUUAAUUAUGAGUGGA